AUGAGCAGUAGUACACCAGCAACUAUGUACAGAUUAGAGGAGCUGUUCUCAAGUUUUUAUCGAAUUGAGAAGAUUGAAAAGAUUAAUUAUCAUCAAUAUAUACCCAAGAAUCAAGAUGAUCAGUGGCCCAUACAAAUGGAAUUGUUGCUGAGGAAGAAGAAUCCUCAAACGUUGGUAGCAUUGUUAUCAAGAAGUCUGUGGUGUUUUAGCAUAAACGAUAAUCCUUUACCAAAUCUGCCUAAUAUAGGCAACCCAAAUAACUCAGAUGAGAAUGUGGUUCCCGAUAAAACUGGUAAUUUUACAUGUGAAUAUUCAAAACCUAACCUACCUCCUCAUUAUGCUUUGUUCUUGAAAGCCCUUCGAAGAAUGAUCUAUAUUAAUUUGGGUUUGGCAUCUAACAAUAAAUUGAUUCAAUUUGGGAAUGCAUGUAUAGGAUUGAAGCAGAAGGUACCUACAGAAUUAUUACAAUUAGAACCACAUUUAUUCGCCAAUGGUGAUUUGGCUAUAACAAUAUGUAAGAAGGAUAUGGGUUUGAUUAAGAUGGCCGAAGAUAAAAUGGAUGAUAAGUUUCUACGAUCCCAUGCCUUAUAUUUAGCUCCUUCAGGAAUACGAACUUACCUUGCACCCAAUAGUAAGGGAGUAUAUUUUAGCCCACCACCAAACAAUGCAGAGAUCUUGUUAAUGACAUUAGCAGUGUCUCAUGGUAUCAACUUGUCAGAUGACGGUGAUCUUAAAUGGGUCACUGUAAUACCUCAUUUAGGUCAUCUCAAUGGUUAUACACCCACAAUUGCUUCCUAUAUGAACUCACCUACUGAUGUACGAAAGAUCAUUUGGCCAUUAGGAUUGUUAUUUGCCCAACCAGCGCUAGACAUAGAAGCUUCAAACGACGCAAGUAAAUCAUUAUGUCAAAACUUUCAAACUACUUUAGAUAUCAUUGACGAUUUUAUUCAAUUAAAACAGACAUCAUCAUAUAGAACACCCGGGAGCUCGGGAGCUAUUGGUACGAACCCAUUGAGCUCUGGAAGCGCCUAUACAGACCAACUUCGACAUUAUUAUAAGAAUAACUCGGUGGGAUCACAUCCUAAUGAUACUGUAUCGCCAUCGUUAGACCGCCUUAUGACUUCCUCGAUGGGCAAUGCCGGUAGUACUGAGCUAAUGCAAACUCCGUUGGUCAACAAGGCAAAUGUAAAUGAACUAUUUAACGGUAAUCCCAACAACAAAAAGCAAGCCAGCGAUCCAGAAGUCUCCUCAUAUAAAGAUGAUUUAGAACAGGUUAAGAACUCUCUGCUUGAAAAAAACGAGGAUAGUGUAUUUAUACCAAAUGAUAGACUUGGGAAUAGUAUAUCGAAGGUAGUUCCCGAAGGGUAUGAUGUUUCUACAGUGGACAAAGAAUUAUUUGGAGAUGAUGAAGAUGAUGAGGAUUUAUUUGGUGAAAGUAACGACAAUUCUCUAGAUGAUGAAAAUAGAGUUACUGAUACAAGGAGAAACGAUCCAGAUGAAAUUACAGAAGAUAUGUUCGGUAUGUCUGACGAUGAUGACGGAACUAACAAAGCCAGUUAUGCCACAAAUACAAAUACCAAUAUUGACACGUUUUUUGAUUCUGCCAAUUCAUUGAGCACACCUAUUAAGAAAUCAAAUCUAAAAAGAAAAUAUCUCGAUAUACCAAUUGAGGAAAUCACUUUACCAAACGAUCCACUAUAUACAGAUCCAGGUGCUCCACUUCCUGUAGAAACGCCGAGAGAUAGACGUAAAAGUGUUUUCGCACCAUUAAAUUUUAAUCCAAUUAUUGAGAGCAAUGUAGACAACAAAUACAGAAAUGGCGGCAAAUUUUCAUUUAGUCCAAUACAAAAGGACGAAUCAUUGAAAUUUGACCUCUCAAGUGGAGCGAUUUCAAGUUCAGAAGAUGAAGAAAGUGACUCCGAUGAUGAUGAUUUUGCAUAUCUGACUCUUGGGCAGGACUUGAGAUCUAUGGAUGGUGAACCUCAUGAUCAGUCACACUUUCUUGGCUAUCCACCAAUCCCAGGUGCUGGUGAGCCUCUAUCAAUGGGGUAUAAUGGAGGGAACGAUUUUAUUGUAGGUACAGAAGCGGUUAAAGAUGGCUCCAAUUCUAUUUGGAGACUACCACAAAGUGAACUACCUACAACUGAUUCACCGUUGAAGACUGUUGAAUCUUCAAUACAGCCAAUGGAUCCUAAAUUAAAAUCAGCAAUGCAUGAGAGCAAUAUGACGACAAGACCAAAAAUAACUGAAGAGCAAUCACCAGCUUCAGCUGGAAACAUUAUACAGUCCAGUUUACCAGAAGGGCAUGCAACUCUUCCUGAGAUAACUCCCACUGGGACGAACUUAAUCGUGGAAUCCUCAAAUAGCCUGCCAUUUUUGCUAAGGCAUAUGCCUUUGUCAUCUAUUCCUGAUGUUUUCAGAUUAUCAAAUCCAUCGAUACCAUUAUCAGAGAUGUACCCCGAUAUGCUAGACCUACUAUCUGAACAAAUUGUUUUUGAUUAUGAUGCUCUGCAAAAUAUGGGCAUCCCAAGGUUAAAGUACAAAGGGAUAAACGAAUGUAAAAAGGGUUUGGUAUAUGACACCUUGUCGAAAAUUUUUACUGCCUUUGAAAGGAUUGAUGGGAAUCAAAUUAUAGAUAAGUUUUAUCCAAUUAAGCAACCAUUCGUCUUCAUUAGAAAAAAUCAAGAACUAAUUAAAAUUAAAGCUGAUUUUCAACCAUUUUGCAAAUAUCUGAAUCUUCGCCCACCUAAUGGUAUCAAGAAUUUUAAAUGUUUGAUUUUGACCGAUUCCUUUAAGGAUGAUUGUAUUAAUUUUGUGUCCACUCUUUCCCAGAGUUAUAUUGGCCACGAGUAUGGUUUUUGCGAAUUGCUUAAACUAAAUGCAGAAAAUUAUCAAGGAUUGAUUUAUUUGAAAGAUUUUGGAAAGAAUAGGUUAUUAUUAUUAGCCGCACAGAUCGUUUCUUACUGCGCUACAAAUAAAAGUUCAGAAAAGGAUGUACCUUUGAUGAUGAUUUUACCGUUAAACUCAAACGAUUUAUCUGAACUGGUCAGGAAAGUCAAGAUCUUCCAGACAAUACGUAAUGAGGUCAAGGCAAAGAUUUCUAAUAAAGAAUUAUUCCUGAAGGUCAUUCCUAUGGAUUUUAUUAGUAACCCAUUGACUUCUGUUGAUGAUUGUAGCAAUUUAUGUGUGAGCAUUUAUAAUAUCCUUCCUCUAAAGUUGUCUAAAUUCACUACCAUUGCUAAAAAGCUGCCUGAGACUAUUACUUUUAGAACACUGCAAAAUAGCACCGGAUCAGCUGCAAUUCAUUAUGAUGAAUACAUUCAUCUCGCAUAUGCCAGGAGUUUAGAUAAGGCGUGGGUUUUUGCCGCAUUAACUGAUAGCAACGGUAAUGAGAAUUUGAUAAAAUCAUGGUAUGUAGGUACCUCGAAAACAAAGUUCGAUGAUGCUUGUAAUCAGAUAUGGUCAUUGGCGCUUUCCUUGUCAAACAAAAAGUAUGGUAAAAUCUGUUUGAUUUUGACGAGAUUAGAUGGGAUAUUACCGGAUGAUGAAUUGAUGAAUUGGAGACGUUUAUCUGGUAGAAAUAUACACUUAGCCGUGGUCUGUGUAGAUGAUAACACGAAGAUAACUUUCUUGGAUAAGGAUAGGUUGUAUCCUACGUUCAAACCAAUUCUAAGAGAUGAAAAAUUGGCAAGAAAAUUCAACCCAAACAAUUUUGACGAUUAUGAACUGAGGAAUACUGAUGAAGAUAUUCAUGGUGUUAUAUUCCAGAAUCCAUUUUUGUUAUCAAACUCUCAGCAUCGGUGUGCCAUUAAAAGCGGAGCUUUAAUUAAAUUCAGGAGAUGUCGAGACGAUACAAUCUGGGAUAAGUUCGAAGUGAAUUUACUAAACUGCCCACACGCAGACAGUACUGAAUUACUGGAAACUAUUUUAGAGGAGUUCAGAAACUUAGCAUCCUUAAACAUUUGGUUCGGAGUCUCUAAUGGUGAACAUUCACACAUACCAUGGCAUGUUCUGGCUGUCAAGAAAAUGAUGAAUACUCUCGUUCAUGCACGGGUUGAUGUUCUUGAAGAGCCAAUAAGUUAA